AUGCUGGGUUUCCCUGGUAUUCCAGGAUCAAAUGGGAUACCGGGAGUGCCGGGCGUCCCGGGGCCACAUGGACCCCAGGGAAGAGAAGGUGUAAAAGGACAAAUUGGUGAUAAAGGAUCACAUGGAAUGCCAGGUCCAAGAGGAGACAGAGGGCGCGAAGGACCCCCUGGGAAGAGUGGACCCCGAGGAAUUCAGGGAAUGAAAGGUGAACAGGGACUUCUGGGAAUUAAAGGAGAGAGAGGCAUUGCGGGAAUGAAAGGAGAGCAAGGAGCCGUGGGAAUGAAAGGAGAGCGAGGCAUUGCGGGAAUGAAAGGAGUGCGCGGAGCUGUGGGAAUGAAAGGAGAGCGAGGCAUUGUGGGAAUGAAAGGAGUGCGCGGAGCUGUGGGAAUGAAAGGAGAGCGAGGCAUUGCGGGAAUGAAAGGAAGAAUAGGAGACAAAGGAGAGAAAGGAGAAAGCGCCAAAGCCAGUCAAGCAAGUGUAGUACCACAAACCAACUGGAAACAAUGUGUGUGGAAAUCAGGCAUCAGUACUGAUAACGGAAAGAUUAAGGUAAUUAGAAUAAGAUCAUAACAAACUCUAAAGGAAAGUAAUUCCUCUCUAAAUCAAAAUAUUUCAAAGAAGAACGUCUCCCUUCUCACUCACCAUUUGCCAACACAUUACAUAAAUAACUAAGUUUCAUUUCUCUCUACUUUGUUUUUUUUUGUACGAAAAAAGGAAAGCCAUCUUGGGUGAUAAAAUGAUUCCUGGCCAUAUGGUUAAGGAUAACGAAAAUUGAAGCUAUUACAGAGUUUUCAAAAAUUAGAAAGUAAUCUUGACUGGAGUUGUUAGUAUUAAUCAUUACACACGGUUGCUCGCCUUACUACAAUAUGUUUGAUUUGUUUGAUUUUUAUUCCAGGAAUGUGCGUUUAACAAACUGCAGUCUCAUUCAGCGCUCAGAGUCUCAUUCCAGGGAAACAUGAGGGUCGAAGGUACUAGUUCUAAGUGUAAUCGCUGGUAUUUCAAGUUCAAUGGAAAUGAAUGCAGUGGACCAAUGACGAUUGAGGCUGUUGUUUACAACUACUGGCCAUCUGGGAACCCUAAUCUGCUACAUCAUCGGUCAUUUGAGGGAUACUGUGAAAACAUCCCACAAGGCGCUGUUAGAGUGGAAUUAUGGGUAGGAAAGUGUACUGGCGUGACCCUGGGUGAUGCUCACACUGGGUGGAAUUCAGUGUCCCGGAUAAUGAUUGAAGAAGUAUCUAGGCCCCAGUCCUAA